CUCCCCCAGCCUUGCUCAACCAUGACCACAUGUCUGUGGUCCUACCUCUUUAAUACACUCAUUGUACAGAUAAGGAAGCCACCGUCUUCCAUUGUGUUUCCCCCCUCAUAAGAUUGCCAGAUCUUCUUUCUCUCAGUAUGGGCCCCAAGGAGCCAUUAUGAAAUUGCGCUGUCUUUGUCUGUGUUUGUAAUCCUUGUAGCUUCGUGCCAGUGUUCUUCUCUUCCCUUGUGCACCUCAGCCCGCAGUAAGACGUCAUUUCACACCUGAAGCCUGGACAGGAGAGCAGGAAUUCUCGAUCCAUAGGCUCUUCAAGUACCGUCUGUUCGUUUCUGCCUUGAGAAGCUUGUUCCGUCCCAUCUUUCAGCCUCACAAGCGAGCAAUCACCUAGCGGGGUCUCUCGCUCUGCCUGCAGGCAGUUCAUCUGCAAUGGCAACUUCUACAUCAAUGGCGACUUCUACAUGUGGCCUGCCCCCGAGCAGCCAACAAUCAAACUCAGACCUUUCCGAACCUCCAGAUUUUACUGAAGAGGAGAUCACAAGUUUCGCAGCCACGAUGGCUCCCCACACUCGAUCUCGGUCUACUCGGUCUCGGUCUCAGAGCGAGUCCAAAGAUGACGUCUCCGGCGAUGGCCAGACGCAGACAAACGGAGACUCGGUACCGACUCACAACCAGACUGGUAACAACGAAUCCUCCGUUCAGGAUGAUGAGAUUGUUGCAGAAAUCUGCGUUGCGACUAGGAGCAGCCGGCGAAGAGUCCCCACGAAACGUGCCAAGGUCACAUUCUUAGAGCCAGAGACACCUGCCACCAAGAGACCAAAGACAAGUGCCAAAAGGUGGACGGCAGAAUACGUUACCCAGAGCAAGCAGUCGCCUUUGGUCAACAAGGACUUGAGGGCGCUGCUACUACACCCUCAGGCCUGGGAUGUCCUCAGCGACGAGGACAAGAAGGAGAUACUUGACCUGUUCCCUGACACAAGGCACAUUCUGAAUCCCAACACACCCGAAGCUCGUCCAAACGUCAUGUCGCUCCAGAACGACGACAACUUCCGCCAUGACACAGAGGAGUACGUGGCCAACCUCAAGGCAGGCAUACAUGACCCGGCUUGGCUUCAGGAUGCCUGGGCCGCUCACGAAGCCCGCGCCGCUGGUCAGUUUGACGAAUAUUACAUUCGGAAACUCGAAGUUGUCUGGAACACAAAGAUCCCCGAUGAGAUGAAGCCGGAGCACCUGCGGUCUGUUCCUCCGGCAGAACCCCAGGAGGAUGCAAAGGGUGAGCCCCAGGAAGAGGGUUCAUCAUCUCCUGAUCCGCUUGCCGAGGAUACGAAAGCCCCCAUUGCCACCCAGGAGGAUUGCAUUCAAGUGUCCGUUGAUGCCAAAGAAUCUACCGGCCCGGCCAACGUCAUCGCAUCUGAAGCGGUGGAGGGUGAUACCAAGACCACCAGCGACGACGCUGUCCAGGAUGCUGUGAUGGCAUCGAGUGAAGAUGGGUCUACCGCAAGCGUCACGGGAGGUCUUGGAAAAGUCACUGUUGUUAACGAACACGAGAAUGCGGAGGAAAACCCAGGUCACAAGGACAGCUCCGCUGGUGCAGACUGAAAGCUCUGUGCCCUAUGCGAUCCAGUGGACACGAGCACUGUCUCGCUUCUGACAGUGCUUAGAGAGGAUGAUUCAGGUGCAAGGUUGCUUCCGUAUGAGCUUGCUGUGGAUGUGGAACAGAGACGUACUAUUUACACCAGCACGGGAUUCACUUCGCCCGACUGCAUCGAUUGAGGAUAGGCAGGAUUCACAACUAGAGACGGGCAUCAAUUCCGAGCGAUUAGGGUGUUUCGGCGGGGAAGCAUUCUGAGCAAGCCUGCUUCUCAUGGCCGGCCAGUAUUGUCCGGUGAUAAGGAUUGACUUGUUCAGAAGCUGAAAUGUGAGAGCGAACCAAGAGUGACGUGAAAUAUGGGCUUGAGGAUCCCCUCAUCAAUACGUUGUUUGCUGCUGCCCAGGGGACAGCUGCCCAGCAUGGCAUGAAGAAUUGUCUUCAACAAAUAGAUAUGAUGCCAAUGGCAGCAAUGAUAUCUGAUAUGUCAGGUCAAUGGCCCAGAUACCGUCCAGUGCAGAAGAUGUCUAAAUCUCAUCCUCCUCAUCGUCAAAGUCGUCCUCCCGCCCCAUCUCGUACAGGAUCCUCCCGCCCUCUCCGCCGCCCACAUCCUUCUGCGCGUCGAAAUAAGGCAACACAAUGCCCUCCCUGUCCUUCCGCUGCUUCUCAGUGAGGCCCAGGUUGAAAGUCGUCUCAGCAAGAUCCUCAUCCUCGUCAUGGCCAUCAUCUGCGCCGCCCACAGGCGCAGCAAACAGCGGGUGAUCCGAGAGCAGCGACAGGGUGCCAGCAGCCGCAGCAGCAGCCGCAGCCGGCGUGGGGCCUCCUCCUCCUCCUCCCCGGGCCGGCUCGAGGACGAACGUCUCGACGACGGCGCGGCCGCUGCGCCUCCGCAGCUCCAUCUCGACCACGACGGCCCUGCCGCCGCCACCACCCGCGCCGACCCCCUUGAACCCGACCAGCACGCCCUCGCGGCCCUCGGCGAGCCCCCACGCCGGCGCGGGCAGGCUCCUGUCCCUGGCGCGCUUGGCCUCGGCGGCCUGGUGCAGGCUCGAGACGCGCAGGACGGCGGUGGCGAGGUGGUUGAGCACCGUCA